UUAGUUUUAGUAUAUUUUGUGUGUGAAAUUUUCUGUAAGAAAAAAGUAUUUUUAAAGACGAAGAAUAGUGGAGCUUUUGCCAUGUCACAAGCUUUUGCAUCUUCAGAUCAAAAGAAAGUUCCUCCUAUAAAAGGAAAACUUGAUUGUCGUUGUAUAUCAGUAAAUGAAAAAUGCGAUGGCUUCAUUUUCGAAAAGUAUCAUACUCUUCCAUUUAGCAUUGAUAUACGAAUCGUAAAUUUGGGUAUGUCGCCAGUUGUUUGUUCAAUGGGAGAAGUGAAUUGUUGCAAGAAUAAUUUAUCACCUCCUUCUUCUUCUUCAAAAAAAUGCGGUGAAAGAAAAAUUGUCUCCAACGGCCAAAAAGUAGAUCAGGCUGCUUACGGUGCAUAUCCCUGGCAUGCUGAAAUCCUAAAUUCUGACAAUAAAUAUCUUGGUGGAGGGGUGAUUAUAGAUGAUACUCAUCUUAUCACUGCAGCACAUAUAGUUGCCAAUCUAAAAAAUAAUUAUAAGAUAAGACUUGGUAAGUAUAAUAGAGCAAGUCAAUCGGAACAAUUCCUGGAAGUAAAACCAGUGUCAACGAAAGUUCAUGAGGAUUUUAAUUCAAUAAAUCUUCUUAAUGACAUUGCCAUCAUUAGGAUUAAUCAGAAAAUUUUAUUUGAUAACUUUGUUAAUAUUAAUGCUGCUUGUCUACCAACUGGAAUUCCUCCUGCUGGCACCGUAUGCUGGAGUGCUGGAUGGGGCAAGAAUAAUUUCACAAGCAAUAGAUAUGAAAGUAUUUUGAAAGCCGUUGAUCUUCCAAUAGUCGAUCCCAAGACUUGUGAGAUGCAAUUUCGAAAGACAAGACUUGGUGCAGAUUUUAAUUUAGAUUGGAAAAGUUUUAUUUGUGCUGGUGGUGAACUGGGAAAAGACAGUUGCACGGGUGAUGGAGGAGGUGCACUGAUAUGCCAACCAUUAGAUGGUCGAUUCGAAGUUGUAGGUUUGACUGCCUGGGGAAUUGGUUGCGGCCAAAAAGAUGUUCCCGCAGCUUAUGUACAUGUUUACAAUUAUCUUGAUUGGAUAAAUAAAAAUAUGUGAUUAAUGUAUAGGACA